AACUUUAUUUCCCACGAUUUCGCUUGAUAAACCAUAAAAAGUCACGCAAUCGUGGCUUAUUUCAUUUUAUAUGUAAUGUUAAAUUUGUUUGUGCGAUUGUUAAUGGUUUGUUAUUUCGCAACAACCAAUCACAAUGACAGUACACGGAAGGAUGUUUAUGGCUUUAAAUAUGAGGCAAACAUCGCUUGGAGGACAUAGAGAUUUUGUUAACAAUUCUUGAACGAUCCAUGUUGCAAAUCAUCAUCAUGCAGUCGCCAAUUGCAAAAUUGUUAUUAGUGGUCCUUUUAUGUAUCGUUUCAUUAUCGCAUGUCAAGGCAAGCAACAAAGUUACAGUACAAGAUAUGGAAGUGGACAUCCCAAGCAACAAUAUCGUCCAGUCAUGGGAGCCGCAAGUUGCAAAUAAUCUUAUUAAUUCAAAGAUUAAUAUUAAGCAUAAUUGUCCAGGUGAAGUAGAGGCCGAUAUAAAGGUUUAUCAAGGUGAUGACGUAGUUAGUCAAACGACCAAGAAAUUUGAUAAACCGAUCAAGGAUUUCGAGAGUAUGAAUAUUUGUACAUUGGUUCAAGGCUCAGAUUUCGAGGAGGAUUCAUGUUCUAUUGGGAUGGGUGAACAAUUAGCUGAAGAAUGCGAUGUAAGUGAAUGGUUCAGCGAAAUGAAACCCGGAGAUUACAAAGCUAAAUGUGAUUUCAAGCAAGGUGACGAAGUAAUUACUACUGUCACACUGAGCGUAAAGGUAGAAAGUGAUGUGUAAUAACAUAAUUCCAGAUAACAAUGUCAGAUAUCUUUCGACGUUUAUAUUUAUAAUUAUUAAUUCUAUGCAUGAUUAUAAUUGUUGCUUGUUUAAUAUUGUAAAGGCAAUUUAUUGUGCCUUUAGAUAAUAAAGAUAUUAGCAUACAAAAUA